AUGUCCACCUCCAGCGUUAGCGAAGCGUCCGAUCCGUCCAAACUAGAACAGAGUGUUGAGACGCUGAACCCAACGUUCUGUGUUACGUGCAGGAGGCUUUCUACACUGCCUGAGGAUCUGGAUUCCAAAGGAUUUGUCCCCGUUGAGUAUACCUUGGAAGACAUCGCCGAAGCCGCAAAGCGAAAAUGCUUGCUCUGUUGCCACUUCCUCACCUUCCUGGAGUCGGGGGACGGUAUCGAAAACAUUGCUAGAGACAGUCGUUUCCAUGCGUAUCUUAGUCACAUAGCAGACUGCCCAUCCUACGACGCAUCGAAUCUGCCCGGCCUCACACUGAUCAUAUUUUCGAUUCUUGGGUACACCGGCAUCGACAACCGUCGUUUUGGACUGCAACUCGAAGUCGCCGAGUACAACCUUUUGGACGGAACGCCAUUCGUGUAUCGGAGAUGUGAACUCAGUGCGCUGCCUCCGGAGAGGCUCGGGAGGACUGGUACGUUCGUACCGACCAGACUCAUCGAUGUCUCAACCGCCGAUCUACCGCACCUUACAACCGCAGCCAGACUUUCCGACAAGAAGGACCGUAGAUACAUCACUUUGAGUCACAGAUGGCAGAACGAAGACAUGCCUAAGCUUCUGACUUCGAAUCUGCACGAGCUGCUUGAAGGCAUCAAACCGAAUAAAUUACCGGCAGUAUUUCUAGACGCUAUUGACUUGUGUCGAAGACUAAGCGUACCCUUCAUAUGGAUCGAUGCACUUUGCCUUAUCCAGGAUGACCCCACGGACUGUGACCAGGAGAUAUCGUCCAUGGGGGAAAUAUACGCUAAUGCGUUUGUGCACGUGGGAGCAACAAGGGCCUCUAAUAUACCCGGAACAGGACUGUAUACAGAAUUGAACUCAAUCGGCCUCGCAUCAUUCUACAUGGACUUUCAAUGGGGCCUACUGAGGUUCUCUCGUGUUGUUCACGAAGUCACUGCGGUAGAACGUAUCAACCAAUCAGUACUGAUGUCGCGCGGUUGGGUUUUCCAGGAACGACUUUUAAGCCCCAAGUCUAUUUACUUUGACGAUCUGCUUGGAUGGGAGUGCACACAACUAGUCACCACCGAGUUACAUCCGGAAGGCGCACCGAAUCUUACUGUGCGAACUGGUUAG